AUGUUUCAAACUUGCCUCUACAACUGUCUCGUGCCUCGAAUCCCACAUUCAGGUGGUAAGACGGAGCAGCAGCAGACCCCCACAGCAGCCACGCUCACAGCCACUGGCGACGCCGCAGUGGAUGCUGCAACAGCCACGCUCACUCUCACGCCCGCCCAGCCGUCCAAGGCUGGCAGUGUGUUCCUGGCAGCGCGCGUGCCGCUCUUCUCCUACCAGCUCAUUGGAGACUCCUGCGGCCGCGAGCUCGCCUUUUCCUCCAACUUCUCCGUCACUCUCACCCGCCCUGCUGCCUCCGGCUCCGAAGGCUUUGCCUUUGUGGUGGCCUUUGAUGCCACCCCGCCCUCAACACCGGUGGUGGGCGGUAUGGGGUAUGCGGGGAUGGGAGCGCGCAACGUGGCAGUGGAGUUUGACACGUCGAUGGAUGCGGGCAACAGCGACCCUGACAGCAACCACGUGGGCAUCAACACCGGCGGCAAUGUCACGUCGGUGGUCACAGCCAAGCCCAGCACCCCUCUCAAUGACGGCACGCCCAAGCACGUGUGGAUCGACUACGAUCCUUCCUCCGGUGGCUCCCUGCGCGUCUUCCUCUCCUCCCAGGCGUCCCCUCGCCCCACCACCCCCCUCCUGUCGGCACGCAUCUCCCUGUGUGAGGAGCUCGCCCCCUCCCCAUCGGAGUACACCUUUGCCAUCGGCUUCACUGCUGCCUCCGCCACCCAGGCUCAAAGCCAUGUCGUCUCCGCCUGGACCCUCUCCACCUACUUUCCCAUCCAGCCAGCUCCAGGCGACUGCUGGGCGUACGCAGUGGUGGGCAGCGUCGAGGCGGCACUCGGCAUUCUCUCCAACACCUCAGCGGCGCCGGUGCUGUCAGUGGAGCAGCUGAAGGUCGCCAUGAAGGUCGGCUGCUCUGGCAGCACGCCCUCUCAGGCCUUCCAGCUGCUGCUCAAGCUGGCGCAAAAAGGAGGCGGGCUCAUGCCGGAGAGCCAGUGGGCGGUCGAGAAGGUCAAGAAGCCCGCGAAGGCAGGCAGUAGCAGUCCUCUCUGCGCACCGCUCAUGAAGCCAUUGGCCAAGCUAUUUGGUGUGGCGUGCAGCAAGGGUAGUGACAGUCUCCCUGGUGGGUUCCCCAUCAAGGGCUUUGAGUCGACGUCCUUCUACGGCUGGUUUGGGCUGCUGCUGGCCGUGCAGCGGCAGCCAGUGGUGGUGCACAUUGAGGCUUCCGCCUCGUCGUUCAAAAAUUACGAUGGGGACCCCGAUUGCUUCACGUUCAACCUGAACCACGUGGUGCUGCUGGUGGGGUACCGCCUGGUGGGCAAGGACUCGCGUUUCCCCAAGAUGGCGCCGCCCUUCUGGAUCAUCCGCAACUCAUGGGGGCCUGACUGGGGCGAUGGGGGCCACAUGCGCAUGGACAUCCAGGGGGGGGAUGGUGUGUGCGGCAUCAACUCGCUGCCAGGCCUCUACCCUGUGGUUAGAGAGGACGCACGCAAGGCAGCUAAGCGCAACCCGUGUGCAGUGGGAACAUGCGUGAAUGACGGGGCGGGGUCAUACUCGUGUGUGUGUCCACCGGGCUUCAGGCAGGGCACCACCGUCGAAAGCACCUUCUCUUGUGCUCCAGGUGACACCAGCAACACCUACACCGUGCUCUCUCCCAACGUCCGCUGCUCCGAUGUCUUCCCGGUCUACAGCCUCACGCUUGCCCAGUUCCAAGCCCAGAACGGCGACACCUGCGCAGCCUUAGCUGAGUAUUUCAAAGUGCACUUGUCCUGCCCAUCUGAUGACUGCACAGCCGCCUUCCAGGCGCUCAACCCCAGCUUGGACUGCAGCGCCAACGGCGGGCUGCUGCAGCCGGAGCAGGCGGUGUGUGUGGAGCGCAUAAAGAAGAAAGUGGGGCUCAUCCCGGUGUGCUCGCAGUACUACCUGGUGCAGAGCGCAGAGACGUGCGAGUCCAUCCGCAAUGUGCCCUACCCCCCUCUGAGCCCCGUUGACUUCUUUCGCCUCAACCCCGGCAUGAAGUGCAACCGCCUCAUUCCAAACACUGAUGUUGGCAGCUUCACUGGCUUUGAGGUGCGUGCGUGUGUCUGCUCAUGCCCCUUUGCCCUUCUGUGUGGAUCGGCCGCCCUCCCCACCUAA